CGGCGGGGCUGUUGGGAGAGUGUGAGAAGAGGAAGGGGAAGCCGGAAGGGGUGUUAAGUGGAGCUUGGGGGCGGGGGGCGGAAAACGAAAGACAGUUUCGAGAAGGCCGGGGGCUGCGCGCGCACCCGUCUCUCGCUCAGCCGGCUGGGCCUCCGCCGUCGCGGCCAGGUGACAGCUGGGCCGGGCCUCCGCGUGCCGCCGCCCCUCCCCCCCGGCCGGGCCGGUGCCGCUGCGGGGUUCGAUGCCAGUCGGGCACGUCCGGGGCAGUUUUUGACUCCCUGGCCCGAAUUGCGACAGUCCCUCCGUGCCCCAUCGCUGCCCCAGUCCCAGGAUGCAGAAUGUGAUCAACACGGUGAAGGGAAAGGCUCUCGAAGUGGCCGAGUACCUGACCCCGGUCCUCAAGGAAUCAAAGUUUAAGGAAACGGGUGUAAUCACCCCAGAAGAGUUUGUGGCAGCUGGAGAUCACUUAGUCCACCACUGUCCCACAUGGCAAUGGGCUACAGGCGAAGAAUUGAAAGUGAAAGCAUAUCUACCAACAGAGAAACAGUUUUUGGUAACCAAAAAUGUUCCAUGCUACAAACGGUGUAAACAGAUGGAAUAUUCCGAUGAAUUGGAGGCUAUCAUUGAAGAAGAUGAUGGGGAUGGGGGAUGGGUAGAUACAUACCACAACACAGGUAUUACAGGAAUUACUGAAGCAGUUAAGGAGAUUACACUGGAAAGCAAGGACAGUAUAAAACUCCAAGAUUGCUCAGCACUGUGUGAUGAAGAAGAGGAGGAAGAUGAAGGGGAAGCUGCAGACAUGGAAGAAUAUGAAGAGAGUGGACUGUUGGAAACAGAUGAGGCUACCUUAGACACAAGGAAAAUAGUGGAAGCUUGUAAAGCUAAAGCGGAUGCUGGAGGUGAAGAUGCUAUUUUACAAACGAGGACUUAUGACCUGUACAUCACUUAUGACAAAUAUUACCAGACACCACGGCUAUGGUUGUUUGGCUAUGAUGAGCAACGACAGCCUUUAACAGUUGAGCACAUGUAUGAAGACAUCAGUCAAGAUCAUGUGAAGAAAACAGUGACCAUUGAAAACCAUCCUCAUCUCCCACCACCUCCUAUGUGUUCAGUUCACCCAUGCAGGCAUGCUGAAGUGAUGAAGAAAAUUAUUGAGACAGUUGCAGAAGGCGGGGGAGAGCUUGGUGUUCAUAUGUAUCUUUUAAUUUUUUUGAAAUUUGUUCAAGCUGUCAUUCCAACAAUAGAAUAUGACUACACAAGACACUUCACAAUGUAGUGGAGAGAAUGUAGAGUCUAUCCUAAUUACUGCUUCUGAUUUUUAAAGAAUUAAUACAUAGAUGUGACCAUUGACCAUAUUUACCAAUAAUUUCUCUAAUAAUGGGACUUAUAUGUUUAUGCAUUAAAUAAAAACUGUUCUACUACCA